CCAAUCACAAGACCACUGCAUAUACUUAACUCCUUGAAAUUGGACUCAGGUCUACUGGGGAGCGACAGUGAGUCGUCGUUCGAGAUCUAUAUAACACAGGGCCUGGGAAUCUCACUGCUUCGUUGAGAAUACCUUGCCAUGUCAUCUUCAUUACCACGGACUACAAAGGCACUCGUCGUCCAGAAGGACGCGCAGGAGCGCAAGCCUGUGUAUCACGGCACUGAGGUCGUUGAGCGUCCCAUUCCCACAUUGAAGCACGGUGAGAUUCUGGUCAAGAUCGGGGCCGCUGCUUUCAACCACAGAGAUCUGUGGAUUCGGAAGGGCCAGUACCCUGGUAUCACAUUCGGAAAUACCUUGGGUGCUGAUGGCGCAGGGAUAGUCGUCGCCUCCGCUGACGCCGCCGACCCCUUGCUCCACAAACGCGUCUUUCUGGUCCCGAUGCGCGGGUGGGAAAGCGAUCCCGACGCGCCCGAAUCGGGAGCCGGGGUUUCCAUCAUGGGAGGCACAAAACACCUCGCAAUAGGGACUUUCUCUGAGUACGUCGCCGUCGAAAGGGAUCAGAUCAUCCUCAGCCCCGACCACUUGGACGACGUGCAGAUCUCAGCCUGGCCCGUAGGAGGUGUCACUGCUUGGAGGGCUGCUAUGGUCAAUGCACGCGUGGAUAAAGGACACAAUGUGCUCAUCACCGGAGCUGGUGGCGGCGUCGCCCUCAUCGCCCUUCAACUGUGCCUCGCAAAGGGCGCCAACGUAUAUGUCACCAGCGGCAGCGAAGAAAAGAUCGCCAGAGCUAUCGGGCUUGGAGCGAAAGGCGGCGUGAACUACAAGAACGCCUCUUGGCCAAAAGAGCUGGGAAAGCUGCUGCAGCGGGACGGGCAGAGCAGCUUGAACGCCGUUAUCGACUCGGGCGGAGGCGAUAUCGCGCGCCAGACCGGUGGCUUGCUCAGAGCGGGCGGGCGGGUCGUGUGCUAUGGCAUGACGGCGGCGCCGCAGAUCGCGGUCUCGAUGCGUGAGGUUUUGAAGAACCAGCAGCUCAUCGGGUCGACGAUGGGCUCGCAUAAAGACCUUAUCGACGCGACACGCUUCCUCGCCGAGCACCGCAUCGUCCCGAUUGUCUCGCACGUUCUCGACGGACUGCAGAGUGCCGAGCAGGGCUUCGAACUGAUGAAACGCGGCGAGCAGUUCGGCAAGAUCGUCAUCAAAGUCGAAGCCAAGCCCGCCCCAUCCGCCAAAUUGUAACCGCCGCUCUUGCGCCACGCUAUGUGGUGCUCGAUGUACUUUUAUCGGACGUGCACUCAAGUUGCAAGCUCUGCGAUAUAUGUAUAUAUGUAAUGUAAAAUACGUUGGCAGACAUAUCGUUGUGGAAAAGCCUCAAGGGC